AGCCUUCAACAACAAAAGAGAGAAAUUUCCCUGCGAAAAUGUUAGUCAUUGAUAACCCCGUACGUGAAUGGAUAUUGCCGUAGGUGGUACACAGAGUUCGUGUGCUUGUCUAUUCUAAUGCACAAUUAUUGCGAACCCAUAGGAAUUGAUAGAUAAAAUGGGGGAUGGGAUAUUUUUGUAUUUUACCCUCUUCCCCUUCUCACUCUAUUCCAUCUUGCUUGCUCUCUUUCACCGUGUAACUAGGAGAGCAAUUACAGCAGCAUUCGAUCUGCCAAUUUCCCACAGGGCCGUCUUAUUUGACGGCGAAGUGAGCGAACGGGGAGGACGAUGUUCUGAGUGUGAGCAGUGGGGCGCGGGCUUUCUUGUCGCAUAGGCAGAGGAAACUGACUUCAAUCCAAAACACUGGCCGUUGCCAUCAUCGUCAUCUUCAUUAGCUUAAUUCUCUCCUACUGAAAUCAGUGGAGACGGAGCGAGUGAGUCGCAUUGCUGGGGUGAGCUUCUUUGUCGGGGGAAAGUAUUUUAGAAGGAACGAUGGAGACAAACCUGACCAACUGGAGUGAUUUUCUUGUCCUGGGAUUGUUUCUCUUUUUCUUGGGGAUUGGCUGGACGUUCAGCCGGUGUUACCGAGAAUUCUCACGGGAUUGCGACUCUACAUGCCGGAACAAUGUGAUGGAUACGUGCUUCGAACGGUCUUCAUUAGAGGCUGUCGCCGUGCUAUGCUUCACCGGACUUGUACUCUUCAUUGAGCUUCUCCGGAGUGGAUUAAGUCGCAGUUCCGGGCAUCAAAACAGAUGGAAUGUUUGGAUGGUGUGGGGGCCGUUGAUCCCUUACUCCUUCGCCCGGAUCGCCGCGGACCGUUGGUGGACGCCGAGUGCGUGGCGCUUCAUCAGCCGGCUGUGUCUCGCCGCAACGUUCCUGUGCCAUUUUACAGCUCUCAAGGACCACGUGUGUAAAUUCCCAGUUGGAACGGACCGCGCGAUGUACGAGCCCCAACUACUGCUCACCCUGGCGACCGCCAUGGUCAUUCUUGGGGAGACUUUUCUGCCCCAAAUGCAACGUAUACGAUGGAUUCGCUGCGGCUGCACCAUGGUGCAGGGAAUUUGGUGUAUUCAGGUCGGGUUCACGCUCUGCGUGAGCGGUAGACAGUGGCAGAAUGAAGACGCUGUCAGGCUAACGGUCGGCCUUAUUUUCGCAUGGCAUGUCGCCCUCACAUCUUUGAUUGUUUAUUUUGUGCGUAAAACUGUCAAAGCUGCCCUAAGUGCGGACCCGUAUAUCGAGGGAGAAAUGGAACCCUAUGAUGAAGACUAUGAUUUCAUGAGUGUGUACGACGACAAAGAAGAGACCAUGGAUAUCAAAACUGUACUAUAAAACAGGGCUAUUACUAAAUACUAAAAAUUACCUUUUCCAAAGUGGAAACUGUAUACAAUUUGGAUAGCUGUCAAAGUGUAAGUUUGAUUUGUAUAUACACAAGAUUAUCUCUUAAAAUACCAAAUAAUAUCACUACAAAUCUUUUUAUUUUGAAAAAUGCAGCUGCCACAACUAAACUGUUUGAAAGUACCGUGCUGCGAAGUGGAUCAAAGGUUACCGUAAACAUGUCACUAUAUAACUACGUUGUGCAUGUUUCCUUGCAACCUUCCGUCGCACUAGACUUCGUGUCACUAUUAUGAAGGAAAAUGUUGCGACCAUCUUGGUUUUUCCCCGUAUAAUUUAAUGUGUCCCAAACCGAGGCUGGAAGGAGAAAUGGCAAUGGCAUUUUUGUGUGUGUACGGUGAACAUAUAUGAAUCAAAUGGUUACUGCUGUUGGAUACAAGGAACAUGAACAAGAUGGCGUUUUCUCGAUAAUAAAUAAGAAUAUGUUGUUUAGCACCAUGUGUAAUCUACUUGCUGGGCUAAUUAUGAUCGUUUGAGAACAUUGUCUCGUUGUAUAGUAUAUUAUUGCCGAUGACAUGAGCAUGAGUCGAAACUAGAAACGUUAAAGGCACUGGACACUAUUGGUAAUCACUCAAAAUAAUUAUUAGCAUAAAACCUUUCUUGGUGACCAGUAAU